AUGUCGUUCAAGGAGUCUGGUUUUAGCAAGGAGAGCUCUCUAAAAACUGCAGCAGAAGAAGCACCAAUCCAUAGGAUUCGCAUCACCCUGACAAGCAGGGUCGUGAAAAGUCUGGAGAAAGUGUGCGCUGACCUCAUUAAAUAUGCUAAGGAAAAGAACGUGAAAGGGCCGGUGCGCAUGCCAACUAAAAUUUUGCGUAUUACACCAUUCAAAACUCCCUGUGGUUCCAAGACUUGGGAUCGAUACCAGUUAAGAAUCCACAAGCGCACCAUUGACCUCAUCGAACCAGGUGUGGAAGUGGAGGUGACUAGUGCUGAUGCAGCAUAA